AUGGAUAAAAGGUCGUUUUCAGUUCUAGUGAGUCCAAAUAAGUCUUCGUUAUUAGACCAUAAUAGUAAAAAGUUUAAAGUGACAAUUUCGCCAAAGAAAAUUACCCAAAAUGUUGACGAGAAAAAUGGAAAUAAAUUAAAUUUAUCGCAUGAUAUAAAUAGUGAAUUAGAUGGCUUAUGCUUCGAUGAUGAUGACUUUGAUGAAUAUUUUAAGAAUGAGAUUGUGUCACACGAAAACAAAUUAAAUCUUUCAAACUUUUCACGAUGUGUCGUUUAUAAUUUGGAAGAAGCUGCUCAGAAAUUCGAGAAAACUCUUCAUCUUCGUGAAAAAUCAACACAAGAAACAGCUUUAUGUUGCCUGAUAGGAACGUGGUUUGACACAUCUGUUCAAAUAGGCGACGUCGUAUCAGUUUGCGGUGUUUGGAAUGAAGAUCGAAAAAUGUUUAUCGUCUCAUCGGAAUCAGGAUUCAUCAUCGUUCUUCCUGACACACUUGUAUCGGGAACAACAGUCGUUGGAUCUUUAUUUUGCGCACGCAAAUCAGCACUUGCUGAACGAUUUCGUCCCGUAAUAUUAGGCGAUGCAACAGCGAUGAAUGUUGGAUCAAUGGUACACGAAAUAAUUCAGACGGUGUUAAGAAAGAAUUUGACAACACUUAAAGAGAUUAGAAAGACUGUUGAUGAUUAUUUGAAGGAACGAGACAUCAUUCAAUUGCUUUAUUCUUCCAAAAUGACGAUGAAUGGCAUUUAUCGUGAACUUGAACCUUUCAUCACAAGAAUUCACGAGUUUAUGCGACAACACAUCGUUUGUGAUAUGGAGAGUGAAGUAAAUGUUAAAAAUCAGAAUCAAAAACCGUUCACAGAUCGAAUCAGUGAAAUUCAAGACAUUGAAGAAAAUGUUUGGUGUCCAAGAUUGGGAUUGAAAGGGAAAAUCGACGUGACAGUCAGAGUUAAUCCACGAAAUAAAUUCUUCAAUGAUUUUCAGAAGUUAAUGCCACUUGAGAUUAAAACAGGAAAAGCUUCAUUUUCAAUGGAACACAAAGGUCAAUUAAUUAUUUAUCAAAUGAUGUUACAAGAUUUGGGAAGUCAAAUUGAUUCCGGACUUUUGCUUUACAUCAGAGAUGGAAUCAUGACAGAGAUUGGAGCUACACAUUCUGAGAAGCGUGGAUUAAUUCAAAUGAGAAAUCGUUUAGCUCAUUAUCUCAGCGUUGAUUUAGUAACACGAGAGAAGGUAGUAAAUCUUCCCGAACCCAUCAGUCAUCACUCAGCUUGCGCUCGUUGUGAUUACAACACAAUUUGUUGCACAUUAUUGAAAAAACAAACAAACUUGAAUGUGACUGCAAGUAAUCCAUUGUCAACAUUGAAGACAAAGCUUACAAGCCACUUGACCGAUGACCACGUCGAUUACUUUCUUCAUUGGUGUCACUUGAUCACUUUGGAACACAAUGAAGCUCAUAAAUCUAUAAAACUUCGACAUAUUUGGACGAAAACUCCUGAGACAAGAGCAGCAAAAGGUUCAGCAUUGAUCAAUCUCAAGAUCACUGAUCUCGUUCAACCACAUGAAAACGAUUUCAUUCAUCAUUUCCGUUCUUCAGAUGCGAAUUUUGAAUUUACGACGUCAAACUUUGAAGUUGGUGAAUAUUUGAUUGUCAGCACAAAUAAACGAGCAUGCAUUGCUGCUGGUCGUGUCUUAAAAGUUGAAACUUCAGUCAUAUCACUAACAUUGCCACGUGACUUGUCACUUCAAUAUAAUAAAAAUCUUUUCCACAUUGAUCGCUACGAAUCUCAAUCGCAAUCAGUUUUCAACUUCUCAAAUGUCGGCGUGUUGCUUGAAGAUGACAAAGAAACAAAUGUUAAUCGAUUGAGGAAGAUAAUCAUUGAUAAACAACCGGCAAGUUAUACAAAUAAUCUUCCAAAGAUUGUCAUGCAGAAAGGCGAGAAGAUUUUACUUCAAUUGAAUUCAGUUCAGAGAAAAGCGGUUUUGAAAGCAUUGACAUGUGAGAAUUACAUGUUAAUUAAAGGAUUGCCAGGAACUGGAAAGACUCAAACACUUGUCGCGUUAAUUCAAUUGUUGAUGAUCUUAAAGAAGUCAGUUUUGAUCACAAGUCACACAAAUUCAGCUGUUGACAACAUUCUUCUUCGUUUAAUGGAUCGUGGAAUUAAAUUCAUGCGAUUAGGAUCGGCUUCGAGGAUUCAUCCAUUGCUUCGUGAUUUCAAAGAGUCAACAAUUGUUGCUGAAUGUAAAAAUGUCGAAGAAUUAGAGAAAGUUUACAAUGAACAACAAAUUGUUGCUGUGACUUGUCUCGGCUCAUCUCACGCUUUAUUAAGUCAAAGAAAGUUUGAUUAUUGCUUAGUCGAUGAAGCAACUCAGAUAUUUCAACCAACUGUGAUUCGACCAUUGAUAUCAGCUGAGAAAUUCAUUUUAGUUGGGGAUCCCAUGCAGUUAUCGCCACUCGUGAGAAGUUCCGAAGCCCGUUCACUUGGUGCACAUGAAAGUUUAUUUGAACGUUUAGAUUCAUCUGAGUCAACAAUGAUUCUUGGAUUGCAAUAUCGAAUGAAUCGAAUCAUCACAAAGUUAGCAAAUAAUCUUACUUAUAAUGAACAAUUGAAAUGUGGGACUGAAGUUGUGGAGAAAGCAACGAUGAAUGUUCCAAAGUCUCAAAUGUUGCAACAAAGGCUUGUGAACGAGAAAUGGCUGGCAAAAGCUCUCUCACUCCACAUUGAUCAAUCUUGUUCAGUUAUCAAUACUGGCGAUGUUCACCAAAUUGCUAAAGAUUUUGCUGAAGAAGUUAAUGUUGAGAUUAAAAAUGAAUUUGCUGAUAAAUCGAAAAUUUAUGUGAAUUAUUGUGAAGUUGCUAUUGUCUUGCAUAUUGUUCAGUUGCUGAUUGAUUGUGGAGUUAGUGGAAAAGCCAUUGGCGUUAUUGCACCAUAUCGAAGUCAAGUUGAAGCUUUGAAAAAGAUUUUUGUUCAUCAUUCGACAGUUGAA